UUCAAUUCUGUGAGUUUUCAGCCACAACCACAAGUCUACUCAUCCGUACAACUACCCCCCUCCCCCCAUACCACUUCACCAACCCACCUUAACAUCACCAGCAGCUAGAUCACCGGCAAGUCGGCAACCCUUUCAUAUCAACUCUUUGACUCAUCUUUUAUGGAGAAAAAAUCCUUUUAGAUGGCUAAUUCCAUCAAACCUAUUUCCCUUACACCAAACUUCAUUGUCCCAGAAGACAAAAGGCCACAACUUGCACAUAUAUCCCCCCUGGCCUCCAUUCCCAUCAUUGACUUGAAUGAUCAUGUCACUUCCUCAUUACUUCAGAAAAUAUCACAAGCUUGUGAAGAGUACGGGUUCUUUCAAGUCAUCAAUCAUGGAGUCCCUGAAGAAUUAUGUGAAAAAGUGAUGACUGCUGUCACCCAGUUCUUCGAAUUGCCUCCUGAAGAAAGAGCUGAGUUUUUCACUGAAGAUCUUACCAAACAAGUAAGACUUUUCAACUACUACCUUAAGUCUGAAGGCCAAGAGAAAGUCACAAUGUGGAGCGAACUCUUCUCUCAUCCUUGGCAUCCAGUCGACGAUUUCACUCAUCUCUUGCCCCAAAAUCCACCUCUAUACCGUGUGGCCUUUGCUGAAUAUGCAAAGGAGAUUGGUGGCUUCAUGAAUAGGCUUUUGAGCCUGAUUUCUCAAGGGCUUGGGCUGGACAAAGAUUGUCUGCGGAAAAGGAUGGGUGAUAAUCCUAGACUGAGAGCACAAGCUAAUUUUUAUCCACUGUGUCCAGACCCUGAGCUGACCUUGGGCUUGGCAGUUCAUACUGAUCUAAAUGCACUCACAGUGCUCCAGCAAUCAGCCGGAGUGACUGGCCUCCAAGUGAUCAAAGAUGGGAAAUGGGUAGCCGUUGACCCUAUUCCAAAUGCAUUUGUCAUCAAUCUGGGUGAUCAGAUUCAGGUAUUGAGUAAUGGAAGGUUUAAGAGCGUGCACCACAGGGCUGUAACCAACAAAACACAUCCACGAAUAUCACUGGCAAUGUUUUAUGGACCAAAUACGGAAGAUGUGAUUGGUCCAAUUGAGGACUUGAUUGAUGAUGAACAUCCUCCAGUCUAUCGUAGCUAUCGUUAUGCAGAGUUCCUUGAAAAAUUCUACAGCCAAGAAGGAACCAGGCGAAUUGUAAAGGAACUUUUCGAGUUGCCAAAAUAGGAAGCAAUUUGCACUGUUGUUUGGUUAUUGACUAUUGAAAUUAAUUAGAUAUUUCUAUUCUGUGUUCUAUGUCAACCUUUCCACUUAGUUGAAACUCAAUCUUGAGUUUUCAUGUGGAAAUUGAAAUUGCCGACUACAAAAAGGUACUAUAAAUACUUCAAUAAAUCGAUUUGAUCAUCAAAAAUCGUUU